AUGGGCAAAAUUAAGAAAAUAUCCAACAAUAGUAAUAAAAGUAAAAAAAAAUCAGUAACUGUUAAAAAGAAAAAUAAAAGUAAUAGUGACUCUAAAAAAAAAGAAGAAGAUGUAAAAAAAUUAAAAAAUACUCCACAAUGUUCAAGUGAUGAAAGUGAUGUUUAUUUUUAUAAUGAUAUUCAAAGAUGGAAGAAUACAAUUAAAGUUCCUAUAUGGUUAAAGAAACCAAAGGAUAAAGAAUCUUUAGAUGAAUUUUAUAAAAAUAUUAUAAAAAAAUUAUUAAGAGUAAAGAAUAAAAUUAGAGCAUAUAAAAUACAAGAAGCAUAUCUAUUAGAUUGUCUACAAAAAUGUAUGAUAGAUUUAAAUUUAAAUUCUGUAAGAUCAACAGAAAAUAUUAAUUGUGAAAUAUAUAAAAAUUUAAUAUAUAAUUCGAAAGAUAAAACGUAUGUGGAAAAUGUAGAUAAAGAAGAUAAUAGUGAAAUAAAAAAUAGUAAUAUACCAAAUAAAAAUAAUAACAUACCAUUAAAUCCUGAAAAAAAUGCCAUAAGUGGAAUAGACAAUACAAUGUAUAGUGACAAUAAUAAUAAUAAUAAUAAUAGGAAGGAUGGUAAUAAUUCUGGAAGUAGUAAUAUGAUAAAUGAUAGUGACAACACAAUAAAUGAUAAUACCAAUACAAUAAAUGAUAGUGCCAACACAAUAAGUGAAAGUAAUGAGACUCUUAAUAGUAGUAAUAAAAUGAACAGUCACAAUAAUAAUAAUAAUAAUAGUAAUAAUAUUUGCGUCAGCAAUAGUAUUAGCAAUUGUAGUGAUGUUAAUAAAAACUACACUAGCAGCAGCUUUUAUAGUGUUAAUAAUUAUGAUACUAAGGAUGAGGAAGAAAAUUCUAUUUAUAUCAAAAAAGAUAAUAUUAAGGAUAACAACACAAAUACAUGCUUAAAAUGCUUAAAAGAACAAAAAAUACAAGAUAUGGUUGAACAUCUAAAAAAUUCAUUAUUUAAAGAAGAAGAGACAAGAAAAAAAAGUGUAAUGGAUGAUGUUUUUAAUAAAGUAAUAAUUCCUGGUGGAUUUUUUGAAAAUAAUAAUUUUUGUCCUAUAUUCUUGAAACUUUUAAAAAUAGAUAUAUAUAAUUCAUGUUAUACAAUAGAUACUAAAGUAAAUUCCAAAUUAAUGAAUUUAUUUAAUGUAUUAAAUAAUUUUAAUGAAAAUAAUAUAACUGAUACAAACAAAAAUGUAGACAAAGAAACAGAUGAAUUUUUAAAUACAAAAUGCAAAAGUCCAAACAGAUAUAAAUCACACAUAGAUGAUAUAUCUUUUUUCAAAGGACAAAGCUCAUUAUAUAAAUUAUCACAAUAUUGUAUAGAAAAGCAAGUUAUCAAAAAUAAUGAAGUUACUUCUUUUGAUACAGUUUAUAUAUACAAUGAAAAAAAAAUUGAUGAUCAGGAACAUAUCCUUGAUGAAAAUAAAAAAAACUCAAGUGAUGGUUGUAAAAAUAAUACAAAGUUUAAAUAUGUUUUAGACGAUUCACAAAAGGAUAAUCCUUCCUUGCAUUAUAUUAAUGACAAAAAGGAUAUUAUAAAUAAUGAUAAAUAUAAUAAUAAUGGAUCUUCUCAAUCACUUACUGAUUAUAAUAAACCUGUUAUAAAUAAUCCUAGUGUCGAGAAUUAUACUUCAAAUGAAAAUAUUAUUGAAACAUAUGAUAACACUGUUAAGUCUUAUCAAACCUUGAAAAGCCACAACACAAAUAGUAGCACUUUAUCUAAGAAUAAUAGGAUAGAUAGUCAUACUGUUAUAAAUUUAUGUGAUACUAUAGAUGAUAAAGAAGUAUAUGAAAUAUCCAGUUGUUAUAAUGAAAAUGAAGAUACAAAUAAGUCCUAUUUUGAUAUAAUAAAUGAUUAUUAUGAUGAAGAUGAAAAAAAAAAAAAAGAAAAAAACAUUUAUGAUAGUAAAGUACAUCUUUUUAAUGAUAAAGAAGCAAAUAUAUUAGAAACGAAUUUGGAAAACAAUCCUAUUAUAUGUGAUAAUAUAAACAUAAUAAAUGAAAAAGAAAAUAACUUAAUAAACAACAAUAAUAAUAAUAUUAAUAAUUGUGAAAAAAAGUGCAAUAUUGCAUGUAAUCAUAUUAAUGAAAAUACCCUUUUCACUGAAUCAUCAAAAGAGGAAAAUAAUUAUAAGGGGGAAUCAUCUGAAAAAAUGGAUCCCUUGAAUUGUGAAUGCUCAUAUGACUCAAAUAAAUUAAACAGUAGUAAUAAUUCUUAUAAAGAAAUUAGUAAUAAAAGUGAUACUACAAUUUAUAAUAAGAAAAGACAUAGUGGAAGUGGUGAUAUAUAUAAUAAAAAAUAUUUCGAAGAAAAUUUAUUUGAAAAUAAUUCAAAUGAAGAUAAUAUUUUCAAAAGACAAAAAGCAAACAAUGAUAAUAUUUUAGAAGAGAAGAAAAAUGAAAAAAGUGAUUCAGAAGAAAAUAGUUAUUUAGAAAAUAUAAAAAAUAGACGUAGUCAUUCGUUGUGUUUUAGUAGUAAUGAUAGAAAGAGUUAUAAUGACAUGUUUAUUGGAAGUAGUAAUAAUAGUGAUAAUAACAUUUAUUUAAAUAAUAUUAAAAGAGAUCAUAAUGAAAAUAAUGAUAAUAAUGAAAAUAAUGAUAAUAAUGAUAAUAAAGAUCAUAGUGAUGAUAGAAAUAAGAAUAAUUCUGAACAAAUAGAAUGUGGACUCAUUGAUUAUAAUAUCUGUGACGAUAAAAGAAAUCCAGUCAAUAGUAAUGACAAUAAUAUAAAAAAUAAUUGUGAAGAGUAUUUAAAUAGUGAAUAUGAAAAGAUCGAGUUAAAUGAUAAUGAUAUGAAUAAUAUGGAUGCAAAUGUUCAUAUUUUGAACUUAAACAAAGAAGAAACAAUCAGAUUCACACCUAAUGAAGAUAAUAAUAAAAAUAUUAUUAUAAAUAAAAAUAAUAUAAAUAAUGAAAAGAAUAUAUUAAAUGAAGAAAAAGAAAAUAUUUGUAAAUAUAAUAAAAGUUUAUUUGAUAGUGAUGAUGAUCAAAUAAAAACUGUAACUAAUAAAAAUAAAGAAGAAGAAAACAAGAUAGAUAAAAAUAUCGAAUCUGUGUUAUUUAAUUCAUGUGAUAAUGAUAGUAUAAAGAGUAUGAAUAAAAAUAAUAGUAAUUCUGAUAAUUCCAAAUUAAUUGAAAAGAAUAAAUAUAAUAAUAAUAUUCAUAGUAAUAAUAUCCAUGAUGAUGAUGAUGUUAUAAUAAUUGAUGAAGAUAGUGACUCAACAUUAAAAAUAAAAGAAAAAGAAGAUUAUGAUAAAUAUUGUAAUAAAGAUGAAAUGAAAAAAGAUACAGUUUUAGUACAUAAUAAUAUUUCAAAAAAUAACGAUAAAUCGAAAAAUGGAUUAACAGCUAUGAGUAUGAAUUUAUUUGAUGAUUCGUCAGAUAAUGAUUCUGAUAAUUCUUAUGAAGAUAAGAAUAUAAAUGUUUUAAAUGAAAUGUAUUCAAAUAAAUAUUAUCAUACGAAUGAAAAAAAAAAUCCAUAUUGUAAGAGGAAAGAUAAUAUUUAUGAAGAAUUAAAAAGGAAUGAAAACAAAAAUUAUAAAAUAAAUGAUAAAUCUGUAGUAGAUAAAAAUUUUAAUGAAGUAUCCAUUUUAAACAUUGAUUUAAAUAAAGCACACAAUGCAGUACUUGAAGGCUUGAUGAAUUUAUUCGGUUUAAAAAGUAACAGAUUAUCAAGGAAAAUAAUAGUUAAUGAAUUAAUAAAAAUACAAGAUUAUUUAAGAAAAAAACAUGAUGAAUUUAUAAAUUGUGAUAAUAUAGAGGAUGAACAUAUAUUAGAUGACUUAUCAAAUGUUAAGGAAAAUUAUGUCACUGAGAAUGAUAGUUUAUUUAAGGAUACCAUAGAUGAACAUGAAAAUAUUAAUAAAAAUAAUGUCAAUAAUAAAAAUAAUGACAAUAAUGAGAAUAAGGACGAUAUUGAUGGUGACAUAAAUAAAAAUAAUGAUGAUCAAAAAAAUGGAAACUGUCAUAAUAAUAUCAUUUGUAUAGAUUUAUUAGAUAAUGAAAAAGGAUAUAAAUCAGAUUGCGAUAUACAAUCAUUUCAUUAUAAUAACACAUUAUUUGAUAACGAUUUGUUAAAUAGAGAAACGGAUAAAUUACAAGAGGAUUAUAUAAAUCAUAUGCAUAAUAAAAUAAAACAAAUGGAAUUAAAACUUUUAUUUGACAGAAUAGAUGAAGCUAUAAAAAUUAAUGAUGUUAUAUACAAAAAUAUAUAUGAAGAAAAAAAAGUUGAAUAUAGUAUUUUCAAAAAACAUCUUGUCGACUGUAAAUUAAACGUUAAUAAGGAAAUUAUCAUGUCUUAUUCAAAGGAUAAAAAUAUUGAAAUUAUAUCCAAGAAAAAAAAUAUUUCAAAUUAA